CAGCCGUUGCUUCCUCACUCGAAGGCGUGGUGCAGGGUUGGCGGUCCCGCCGGAUGGGCGGUUGAAGAGGGAGCAGAGCAACCCCGGGGACUUUCUUUGAGGCGGCAAGGCCGCGGAGGGCGCGGGGUGAAGGUUCGCGGCGCUAUGGCUCACGUCGGCUCCCGCAAGCGCUCUAGGAGUCGCAGCCGUUCCCGGGGGCGAGGGUCGGAAAAGAAAAGGAAGAAGAGCAGUAAGGACGCCCGGAGGAGCUGCUCGGCUUCGAGAUCCCAAAGCCGCAAGGCCAGCAUCACCUCCUCUGGGGCUGAGGCCUCACCUUCUCCCUGCAUCACAGAGAGAAGCAAGCACAAGGCCCGGAGGAGACCACGAUCCAGCUCCUCCUCCUCUUCUUCCAGUUCUUCUAGCUCCUCUUCCUCUUCGUCCUCCUCCUCUUCCUCCAGCGAUGGCCGGAAGAAGCGGGGGAAGCACAAGGACAAGAAGAGGAAGAAGAAGAAGAAAAGGAAGAAGAAGCUGAAGAAGAGAGGCAAGGAGAAGGCCAGAAUGCAGCAGGCUGAGGCUCUGCCCGGACCCUCGCUGGACCAGUGGCACAGAGCAGCCAAGGAGGAAGAGGAUGGCCCAGUCCUGACGGACGAGCAGAAGUCCCGCAUCCAGGCCAUGAAGCCCAUGACCAAGGAGGAGUGGGAUGCCCGGCAGAGCGUCAUCCGCAAGGUGGUGGACCCGGAGACAGGACGCACCAGGCUCAUUAAGGGAGACGGCGAGGUCUUAGAAGAAAUCGUCACCAAGGAACGACACAGAGAGAUCAAUAAGCAAGCCACCCGAGGGGACGGCCUGGCCUUCCAGAUGCGAGCAGGGCUCCUGCCCUGAGGCCCCCGUGGCCCCCAUCCAAGGCCUGCUACACAUGGUGUUGGCACGACCUGGAGGCUGGCCUCAGGGUUGACAGUGGGGAGCCCACUGGGUGUUCUUUCUCCUGCAGACCAGCCUCUGGCCCAGCCUCCUCUGCAAUGCAGGGAGUGGAGGUCAGGGGUCACUGGCCAAGUCAGCUCCCCCAUCUCCCGAAAGAGCGCACCUUCCCAGAUAUUAAAUGUUCCCCGGUUGGAGA